ACACGCCUUUUUCGCUUCUGCCAAAGAAGGGGCAGCCACAAAUCCUUGACCUUCGUUUCACUUUUUCGCAAACCUUCCCUUCUGACACCAACCGCCAAUCCUUUUGCGGCCAACAAGAAAAAUAUUACCCGUUCCGGUGCAAAAUCUCUCUCCCGGCGCAACCAGCACCACCCGAUCGAGCAUCAACGAUAUUCGCGACAACCGCCAAGAUGGUGAACUCCCUCCUUGCCUGGACCGAGGACGAGCUCCAGUACCUCAAAGCCGUACUGCGAUGGAAAGAUUCGCCCGCGGAAGAAUACAAGCGACUCUCCGAUGGCGGCGCAAAUGAUGCGCUCUCAAACCUCGAUCCGCAAGAUUCGACAUCGCCACAAGAGCCAAAACAAGAGGAAAUCAAGAUCCUCAUUCUCGGUGCAGAGGGAGUAGGAAAGACGGCGCUCGUCCAAAAGUUCGCCAAAACCCACCGCCACCCCUCCACGUCCAAACCCAACCGCUACCAGCUCACCCUCCCCUCAGAUCCCACUACCUCUUCCGGCAGCAACAAGUCAACCACAACCUACACCCUCCACACCCUCGAGCUCCCCCACCCCUGGUCCACCACCACGCGCACCACGCACCCCCAUCUCUGGACGCGCACGCUGACCGAGUACGACGGCGCCCUCAUCCUCUACUCCGUCACCGACCCUUCCUCGCUACACCACGCCACAUCCAUCGCCUCAGCCAUCCGCCAACACUUUGAAUCCCUCCCGCCGUUCAGCGAGGACUUGGUGCCCUUCAACAAACCGAUCGGCAGAGGAUCAAAGGCGCACUAUCUACACCUCAAAAAGACCACCAGGAACGUGGUGAGAGAGUUCGCCAUGGUGAUGGUAGGAAACAAGAGCGAUGUAGAUAUUUUGGGUGGUGGCGCUGCUAUUGCUGCUACUGCUACUGCCGCUGCCGCUGCCGCUGCUGGUUCAUCACUGAGCGGACUCGGACUCGGACUCGAAGGACUCAGUGGAGUUGUUGGAGAGAGAAGGGUGUCGACAAAGGAGGGAAAAGAAGCUGCCAAAAAGCUGGGGCUGCUGGCUGAGUCGUGGUUUGAGACGUCGGCGAGCGUGACGGGGGAGAAUGUUGAUGCGGUUUUUGAGCAAGUGGCUAGGGAGGCGGUAAGGAAUAGGAAGGAGUAUAAGGAGAAGAAGGGCGAGAUUGAGAGGGGUGGAAGCGAGGGCUUGUUGAAGAGGGAUUCGGAGGUGGAGAGUACGGUGACGACGAAAAGUAAGGUGGGUGGAUUAUGGAAGAGCCUUACGACGGUGUGGUUGCCGUUGUUUGGGAAGAAGAAAGGUUAGGGGGUGCGUGUUUGGGAGGUGAAGAUGGAGGUGGAGGUGAGGGCUUUUGAUGCCGGUCUUGGUUCUCUAUAAGGAAGCCGAUGCUGUUUCCUGCUACUAAUAGUCCCUGGUGAGUAUGGGAACUCUAGUUGUGGCAUCUGGGAAACAUGAUCAGGGAGACAGAAGAGAACAAACGGGUAUAUUAUUGCUGCUGGAGCCAGGUGGCGAUGUCC